AUGGCCUCCACCUCAUCUCCUAGCUCGUCAGCCAACGGCAAGCCCACCUAUACGAGCACAGGCAUGACCUACAGCACUCUGCCACCCCACAUGGUCCAGCACCAGCUCGAUCAGUCUCCCACGACCUCUGCGGCUCACUUUGAGGACCGCACUUAUGCAGACAGCAAUGCCUCUGACCAGGAAUCCCUGCUCGACUCUGUAGAGGGUAAUCAUCUUGCUGGCAGUACCAGCAGCGUCGGCACGCCCCACGCCAAGCUUGACCCCUCAGCCGAGAAGCGUAGCGGACGCGCAUGCCUCGCCUGCCGCAAGCUAAAGACGAGAUGUGAUGGCGCAGAGGAUCCGCCUUGCCGUCGCUGUCGCUCGGGCGGUCACGAAUGUAUCUUCGUCGAGUCCAAACGAGGCAGGCGUCCGCCUAAGAAAGAUCCGGCGGGUGAUCUGGCAGCCCAGGCAGAGAAGACAGUCAAGAACGUCACCAGAGCUCUCCAGACUGCCAACGGUCAACGUCAGUCAGCCUCUGGCACAGCUCAGAACAGCUCGAAACUAGCUUUGGACGGCAGGGCGAGAGCUAACCCGUCAGCUUCUGGCAACAUGCUAGCCAAUCCUACAAAUGGCAUUGGCCCCGCAGGAAGUGACCAGGCCGCCUACCUUCAUCGCUCGCCCAAUGCAGCUCUCUCGCAAGCUAGCAUAGCACCUGGCAGACCACAGUCACAAGCUUCCUCGCACGGAUCAGCUUAUUCCGCUAGCCACUACCAGCAGCCUGAGCUCGCGCCCUCGCCUGCUCUACGUACCCAGCUACCCUAUCAGGGCUCACCUGGCGACACUCGCUCGGCUGGCAAUGGACACAAGCGCUCAGCUUCGCAGAGCUCACCAGGCGAUCAAGACGCCAGCGAUCCAAAGAAGCUUAAAGCAGGCGCCGCGCGUUCGACGUCAAAAGGCAAAGAAGUCGCUACGAAUCAGCUACAGACCUCCACCUCUGCCGCCAGGCCAAUGUCAGAUCCAUCACUGGGCAUGGGUCUCAGUCUACUCGCAGACGCUUCACUGGCAGCCGAGCUAGAUGGGACAAAGGGCAUCUCUGGUCUGGAUCCCAGCUUCAAGCUGUCCAGUCUGACAGAGGCUUUGGAGAAUACUGGCGUGCCUGCUGGCGGUGGAAGCAACAAGAGUAGCCCAACACUGAAUGGACUCAGCUCGCUCAAAGAUACGGAGGCGCCCGUCUUGCUUACGAAAGGCAUCAUCGAUGCCAAUACCGCUGUAGAGCUCUUCAGGAUAUUCUUCGACUAUUGCUACAUCCAUCUGCCACUGCUCGAUCCGACAGAGAACACUGCAACUGCAGUCUGCGCAAAGUCGCCUUUUCUCUUCACAGUCAUCUGUGCGGUCGCGUCGCGCUUCCAUCCGAACGUUGAUCUUCAUGUCGCCUGCUAUGACGAGGCCCACAAGUGCUUCGUUGCUUGCGUGGACGAGGGCGAGCGGAGCAUCGAAAGCGUACAGGCCUGUCUUAUCUUGACAGUCUGGGCGAACGCGCCAAAGGGCGCAGAGGAUCGGCCGAGGCGAGCUUGGCUUUACUUUGGCAUGGCAGUACGACUCGGCAUGGAGAUCGGUCUCUUCAGGCCGCCCUCGUUCAGCAAAAAAUUGAACCUCCGCGUCAGCGCGCUGAGGAGUGGUGCCAAUCCUUGGGCGCCCCUUGCGGACGUCCCCGAAGGCCUGCAGCGCGAUGCACUCAAUCGUGAGAGGACCUGGCUGCUCGCGUUUGUCAUUGAUCGAUACAUGGCUGCCGUCAUGGGCCGGCCAUAUCUUAUACAGGACGCUCGCCCUUUUCUCAUUCCAAGCCAUCCACUCAGCUUGCCGUUUGACCUAGGCAUUAUCGCGCAUCAAGAGCUUCAAGCUGUCGUCGGCCAAGUGAUGGAUACCUUCAGGGACCGUAUUUACGGAUUGGCAGCGGCGAAUGACGAGAUGCCCUCGCCUGUAGUGAUGAAACUAUUUAACGCCCGCAUGGACGAAUGGCGCAUGCGAUGGUGCCCCAAGCCAGGCGAACCCAUAGCGAAUAAUUUGCUAUUCUACUACCACAACAGCAAGUUGUUCUUGAACACUUUCCCUCUGCAGACGAUGCUUUGCAACGGCGACGCUGUUGACGAUCCGGAAUGCGUGUCAAUCACCAUCAACAGCGCGCGAGCGAUUCUGGACAUAUGUCACAAGUAUGCCAACCUUGGCGUACUGCGACAUUGUCCUGACGUCAACUUCCUCAUCGUCGUCUAUGCUGCCGUAUUCUUGAUCAAAGUCAAAGUCUCCAAGUCACGCUUCUCGCAGUUGGUAGUUUCUGACGAUCUACACCGAGCGGUCGUCCAGACCAUCACAGAUUGUCAAAAUGCGACGACCGAUGCGCGGCAUGCUGCCGGUACUGCCCAUAUCAUGUUGCGCGUCUUGUUGGCAUCCUGGCGAGCCAUGGAGACAGGUCAGCUUGGAGGUAGUCUGCCAAAGUUUGGCAGUGAGAUCAACGCCGCGCAUCAGCCUGGUUUGACAGGCGCAAGCGACCACUCUGACGUCACCCUGGCGCCCGCUGCUGUUUCACCAACGAUGCCUCUCAACCAGCCGCUGCCUACUUCGUCUUAUAGCUAUACUGCACCCACCAAUCGAAGCGGUCACCUAUCUGGCACGCACACGCCUUCUGCCUUUGCCUCUGCCAACAAUGGUCAAGGUACUACCGUUGGCAANGACCCACUUGAUCUCUUCCUAUCGGAAAGUCAAGAUCAGUUCUUUGCAUGGCAGCAGGUCGAUCCUUCCCAUCUCGACCAUCUCGUCAACCUCGGCGGCAUAGGGCCCGCUGACGUGCCGCCUGCAUGA